UGCAGGAUUACCUGGAGCAGGCCACCACCAUGGUCAAAAAGGUCAAAAACGCCGUUAUGAACUACACCGAGUACGAGGCCAAAGUUCGUGAUGCUACCAACAAUGACCCUUGGGGAACUUCGUCUACUUUGAUGAUGGAUAUCGCCAAUGCUACAAGCCACUAUGGACACUUUAAUGAUAUUAUGAAUACCAUCUACAAACGGUUUCAAGAGCCUGCUGGCCCUACUUGGCGUCAGACAUACAAGUCUUUACAGCUACUUGAAUACCUCAUCAAGAAUGGCUCUGAAAAAGUCAUCGACUCUGCACGUGGCCACGUAUAUGAUUUACGUGCGCUGUUAAGCUAUACCUAUGUAGAUGACAAGAAAAAAGAUCAAGGAAUGAAUGUCAAGAAUCGAGCAAAGGAGAUUAUCGAGCUUUUGGAGAAUGACGAAAAACUACGGACUGAGCGCAUUAAAGCUAAAGAGAAUCGUUCUAAAUACGUUGGUGUGGACAGUUCCAGUAUAUCAUCCUUUGAUAGAGGUAGUGCUGGUGGUGGAUCUGGCACCAAAUACGGUGGGUUUGGAUCUGGAUCUGGAUCUAUGCCAAGAAAUGGUAUCAGUAGCGGAUCCUUUAGUGAUUCGUUUAGAGAUUCAGCAUCUGGUCGUGCAGCAGAUCUACCGCUUCCUGUUUCUCAACAGCGACAAGACCAGCAACCUUUCGAUCGUCCUGCUGAGCAAAAACCGGCUGUAACAGCACCGCAUAUUCAGAGCGCGGUGCAACCAACUGUGAAUCUACUAGAUCUGGAUAGUGGUGAUGACUGGUCUAACCUUUCUGGCGCAGCAGUUCAACCGACAUCAAACUCUGCGACCAACAAUGGCACAGGGUUUGGCAGUUUUGCGUCGUUUCCCAAUCCACAGCAACCAUCCAUCGGAGCAUCUUCCAAUGGUGGAUUCGCAUCAUUUCCCAAUCCACAGCAACCAUCCAUCGGAGCAUCUUCUAAUGGUGGAUUCGCAUCAUUUUCCAAUCCACAGCAACCACCACCUUUGACUCAACAACACCCGAGUGCCAGUGACUUUGGUGAUUUUACAUCUUUUGUAUCUGCUCCAACAACUUAUGCAAAUACUCAACCGCAACAAACAAUCUAUCCAGCUCAAUCUCUUGUAUCUCCAACAAAUGGGUUUACACAAUUUUCAACGAUGCAGCCCAUGACAACACCAACCAAGCCCAAUACGACUGACACAUUUUCCAAGUUGGUAUCGCUGGAUGUAAAUGCAUUGACACCAGGAUCCAAGAAAAAAGAGCCUGCGAUGCCCAGUCUGAAUGCGUUAGGAAACAAUGGCGAGCCUACAACAUCAAUGCGAUAUGGUAAUCCUAUGAUACCCAGUCCAGUCAAUGGAGCGAUGCAAGCCAAACCAUCCCAACAGCCACAACUGUUCUUUUGAAAUGAUAUGGAUAAACCUGGAAUGCAGAAUUCUGCCCAGACGUCUUUAUUCAACAAAAGUUGAUUGAAUUCGAAUAAAAAUGAAUCUUUUACAACGGAC